UGGCCGCGUCUUGGAUUUCCAAAAUUUCGACCUACCACAUGCGCCGAUGCCAUGGCAGAAGAGCUGCUGAAGUCAAUCGAGGACUUAGAGAGCUACUCCUUUUAUGGCCUGUCGCACUGGCUGUCAGAAGCCGACGCUUUGCUGGAUCAAAUCGAUCAGAUAUCGCUCUCCAAAGCUCCAAAAACACAGGAGCUGGCGCUCGUGGACAAGAAGGAUGAGCUCUUGAGUGCACAAACACAGCUGCGCCGGCAGAUGGGUGCACUGCUGGAGGAACCACUGACUCGACGAGAACGGCCAAAAGCUGAGCAGUUUUUGGAGGCACAGCGGCAGAAGCUGCUAAGUCAGGCCAGCAAAGAGCGCGCUGCCAGCGCUGCCAGUCGCUUGCAAGAGCUGCUGGCAAAGCUGAAGACGGGGCCGCUGGCCUUAGAAACCAAGGAGGUGAGGGACAUUGAAGCGCAAAUGAAGGAGGCAGAUUUGCAGUGGAAUGAUCUUGAGCCAACCUACGUCAAAUGGCAAGCUGGUCGCCACAGCUUCAAAUCCAACGCCGAGUUGCAAUCCUUCAAGCGCCGCUACGAGGACGCCAAGAAGGUGCGAGACACUGCGCCUGACCGCCUAGAGGCCGCCCUGCGGCGUCGCCGCGCUGCAGCUGCCACCGCGGAGGUGGUUACGGUGGCUGCAGGCCCUGGCGCUGGCUGGGCGGCCGCGCGCAAAGCACCAACAAAAGCACCAGUGCCCAGCAACACCGGCAGAGGUGCUGCAGCCGUUGCCUUGGACAAACCGAAGGCUGCGCCAAAGACCUCCUGGACCUCCGGUGUCACACUGGUGCAGCGGAUGCGUGCUGAAGCGGCCGCGCAGGUGCGGGGUGCAAAGGUGCCAGAAAUAGCCGAAACUCAUGACAACGACUUCUUCUGGGAGGAGACGGUGCGGCCAGCCCCACCGCCCAUUCCGGCGGCUGGGAAGUUGUCUGCCAACCAGGAUUUUGUGCUCACCAAGUCCAAAGGUGUUCCGCCCCUGGCACCUGAGAAAGCACCCUUGGCUUCUAUGGCCAAUGGAGGACGUCGUUGGGGCACAGAAGAGGUGGACGAGUCUGAUGAACUGCAGGAGGCCCCUUCGGAGCAGGUGCCCCAGGAGACACGUGCUCGGAGCGAGGGGAAGACCUUUGCAGCGUCAGCCAAAAAGAAGGGCAAACGGAAGAAGAAGGGCGAUGUGACGGAGGAAGAUGUGGUGGAGUCAUCAGCUGCACCAGCGACCACUUCUUGGGUACUCACCUUGCAGGUCGCCGUGGCCAACAUGGUGCUCGAAGAGUUGCUGCGUCGCGAGUCUUGGAGUUUGGAUGACCACGAGGCGACGACUCACCUGUCCUUGCUGGCAGAACGGCUGCCUCUGCAGUCGCCAUUAGGCUUCCGGCUGCCAUUUCAAUGGUCAUCUUUCCUCGCGUUGGAGGUGGACGGGGGCCCUAAGCGUCGGUCUCGACGUGGCCAAUCUGAUGCUUUAGAACACUUGAGGCACAAUUUGCCACGCUUCUUGCCCUUCUACCUGACUAUCGUUUUGGUUUUGGUAAUCUUGCACUCCUUGUCGCACUUUGGCCUUUUGAUGUGGACCAUGGCGCUGCAAACGGCCUUGCUGCUGUUGCCCUGUGGACAACUGCCACACUUCACGGCCUCUAUGCACGUGCGAGGGCUGCAAUUGGCGCAUCUAUUGCUUUGGAUCUUUUUUGUUAGAUCCAUUUGGCUAAUGCACAUUUUCAUAAAAGUCUUUUGUGUCGCACUCUUUGUGGGACAUGCCUAUUCGACAAAUGAAGCCAAGGAUGAUGAGUGAGCCUGAAGGAAUUUGCAGCGAAGCACUUCUGAUACCCUUUCGGAUAUGGAUCUCACAUCAGCACCGAAAGACUCGGAACACAUACAGCGAGCGUCGCUGCAAAGCAAAUCGCGAACAGCUGUCAA